AGGAUAGGCCUGUAUGAUAAUAUAUAAUAUACUCUUUGGUGAGUACAUAGAUAAUCCUGAGGGGGACAUGAAUUGCAUCUAUAAAAAGAAGACCAACUAUUUUAUAUAUCCCUUCAACUCUAAUAAGAUCUAUCACACUGAUAUUUAAGGUUUCAUUCUUUCGGCAAUAUAUCAAUGUCGAAUUGUGCACGGGGAGACAUGUCCGGUAGCCCGCACAUAGCCCUCUUCGCCCAAGCCGGCAUGGGCCACCUGAUGCCGCACCUCCGCCUUGCCACCAUACUUUUGGGCCGCCACUGCCGCGUCACCCUUAUAACGCUCAGCCCUACCCUCACCACAGCUGAGGCAGCCGCCAUUUCUUCCUUCCUCUCGACCUACCCUGAGAUCAACCACCUUGAACUCCAUCUCCUCCCUGACGACAAUGGCCCCGACCCGGCUAUCACUGAUCCUCGUUUCUCCCAGUUUGCCCGGAUCAUCCGCUCCACCCACCUAAUCCGCCCCAUGUUGUCCUCCGCAAGUCCGCCCCUCUCUGCUGUCAUAUCCGAACUUUAUACCGCCUCGCAGAUUGCCCCAAUCCUAAUCGAUCUCCACAUCCCGCACUACAUUCUAUACACGAGCUCCAUUAAGACUCUACCUUUAAUAGCUCUUCUCCCAAAGCUCUUAUCAGACCCAUCAAGAUUUAAUCCAUCCUGUUCUGACGUCAACUUCCCGGGCUUACCUCCAUUGCCUGUUAAGAGCAUCCCAUCGCCACUAUUUAGCCCCGGUCAUGUCUUCACGCAAACGUUAGCCACAGCUUCCCUGACAUUCCAACGAGCAAAAGCAAUCUUGAUGAACACCUUUGAAGAGUUUGAGAAGUCAACUCUAACCGCCCUAAAUCACGACAGGAUCAUCGAAGACUUGCCCCCACUACUGCCGAUCGGACCGCUCACACCGUAUCGUAAGAGCCGAGAGCUCACUCCAAAGGGUGACUAUAAAACGUGGCUAGAAAGUCAACCGGUCGACUCCGUGGUGUAUGUGUGCUUCGGGAGCAAAGCACCCAUGGGCGUAGCUCAGAUGCAGGAGCUGGGAAAGGGGUUGGUAGGGAGUGGAUUUAGGUUCCUGUGGGCCUUCAAGACGAAGAUAUCAUUGGACGAUGAAUAUAAUGACGAGGACGAGGAGACGAAAUCAGAGGAUGUCAGGGAACUGUUGGGAGACUCAGUAUGGCAUGAGAACGGAAGAAGGGGAAUGGUGAUGAGCAGUUGGGUGGACCAGGACGAGGUUCUGGCCAGCUCGUCGAUUGGGGGGUUUGUGUCGCACUGCGGGUGGAACUCGGUGACGGAGGCCAUGUGGGCUGGAGUGCCAGUGCUAGCAUGGCCUCAUAGUGGGGACCAAAGAUUAAACGCACAGGUCGUGGAGGAGUCCGGUCUCGGGGUUUGGAUGAAGGAGUGGGGGAUGGGGAGCGAGAAUGGUUUAGUAAAUGGGGAAGAGAUCGGGGAGAUGAUCGGAGAGUUCAUGAGGGAUGAGAACUUGAGGGAGACGGCCAGGAAAAUCGGGGAAGAGGCCCGGAAGGCCGUUGAUGCUGGCGGAAGCUCUCAUGAGACGAUCACCAAAUUCCUCAAGAGUCUUUAGUUUUCGAAAAUUAGAUCGGGCCAGACAUCUAGACAUCUAUUGUUUAGCAGUUAUAUCUUCAGUUCAGCUAUAUGUGGAUAUUGGUGAAAGUUAAAUAUGACAUGUUCCAUCGAGACUA